CAAGAAAACUCUCCUGUAACUUGUAGUUCGUUUUUACCUAUGUGUCUGCUGCUAAAUGCUGAUAUGUGUAAAUACUCGUGUUUUGCAUAAUUUUCUAUAUUAACUUACGGGUAAAUACACAUAUAUACAUAAAUAAUGCAAUAUGUUGGACAGUAACUGUUCUGGAUAUUUUAAAGCGAAUAUAGUUCUUUUGAUUAUAAUAUUGGUUCUUCAGAGUGUAGGUUUAGGUACCGAUCAUUGGGUGAAAAUCAGAGUUGGUGGAAAUUAUGUAUUCAAAGGUCAUAGCGGGUUGUGGAGACUAUGUCAGUGUUAUUACGGUGUUUAUGAUUUCAAUGAUGAGCGUUGUUUUUGUCAGUCUCUCGCCGUGCCUGUCCCAGGUUGGUUAACAAUUGUGAGAGUGCUGGAAGGGCUUGGUCUCAUAUGUGUUGUAAUUGCUGGUACUGUAUUCAUCAUACAAUCUGUCUCAUCACGAAGAACUCAUUUUAAAUCGUCGGCAGCAAUCUUAACACUGGCAUCAGGAGCGUCAAUACUGAUAGGUAUUAUAAUUUAUGGCUCCAAAAUGGUCAAAAAUUUUGACUAUUCAUACAUUUUAUGCACGAUUGCUGGUAUAUUGUGUAUAAUUUGUUCGUUCCUCAUCCACAAUGAUCGGAAACCUCGGAAUUCCACUGACAACAGCGUUCACCGGGAAAAUAAUAUUGAAAGCCGACGAGUUGGUGAGGUAGAGACAGAUGUUCCACAAAUUUUAACUAACUCAACAAUUUCACAACCAGACCAUGCAGAAGAGUUUGUGUCCAGUCUGAAUCAUUCACAAAAUAUUGAUGAUCUUCCACCAACAUAUGACGAAAUAACAUUAGAACCCCCACCACCAUCUUAUCACGAUGUAGUGACUCAGCAAAAAUUCACAACAUAAAUUAUAGCUGUAGAUGAGAAACGUUUCUAAAAAAUACAAUUAUUAGUCAUGGUUAGGACUAGAAUUUCUUGCUUAUAUUUGAAAGAACUUGUAUGCAGUGUAAACGCCCGAAAUGAUAUAUUCAUAAUUAUAGAUCUAUCACAUUUGUAUUACUUGUACUUAAUUUUCAGUGUUGUAAUUAAUUGUGGUUAAAAAUCGUGUUAAAAACAUGAAACAAAUACAUUACAAGUUCAUGAUCAUUUAAUUUCUGAAAUGUAGCAUCAAUAAUAAUCGAUUUAUUUAUAUUAUAAAAUUAUAAAUACAUUUUAUAAAGGUGCACAUUGACAUUGACGUAAAAUAUGUAGCAAUUUUAGAACAGUCAAUGUUUAGAGAAGUGGUUGAUUUAAAGGCUGCACAGGUAAAAAGAUCAAACAAAAUCAUUGUGGAUUUUAUCCCUGCUCGUAUUCUUUUUUCUCUAAACAUUACAACAAUACUAUCCGCAUAUAUUUGGGAACUUACAUUAUCUUGAAGAUUAUCGUUUUUAAGAAUAAAUAUGGAAGGUGGUCUGUAAACUGGAUAUUAGAGUGUUACAUUUCGAAAUUCAACAAAUGGGCGAAAUAUAAUAAUCUAUCACGAUAGAGAUAUAUAAAAACUUAAAAAGUAUCUUGAGCAAUACGAAUAAAAGGGGCGACUAACACAAUAGCAAUUCAUCAAUUAAAAUCAUAUUGAGUACACUCCCUUUAAUAUAUCGAUUCUUCAGGUGAAACUAAACACCUGUAUGUUUCUAUAUCGACCGAGGCAGACUCUUUUUCACUGUGACAUUGGUUUAUUUAUAAAGCUGUGUUUGACUCAAAAUGUAAGAAAAAAAAGGUAACCGGAAUGGUGGACAGUUUUUGGAGUAUAUUAUCAACACAUUUGAUGUACAAGUAACAAUUACCGAAAUGGUUGACAGUUGUAGAAUAUUUUCAAACAGCUCGAAUGUAUUGAAGGUGUGUGCUGGUGUGUUGGGUGUGGCGUUCAUCGUACACUGUGUGGGUAUUGGGACUACAUUUUGGGUUAAACAUGAGAACAGUGCAUACCAAAGUCGAUAUCACAGUGGUUUGUUCCGAUCCUGUUCCUGCUUUACCUUCUUCGGUGAAACGUGUGUUUGUGCUUCAUAUUCAAAUAUGGCACCAGGGUGGCUGAAAUGUGUGCAAGCCCUGGAGGUUAUAGGUCUUAUUGCAAUUAUCUGUGUUGGAUUUCUGAUAUUCAUGCAGUUUUUCUGCACACAAAGUAUAGCUAUCAAGACAUGGGGGAUCAUGCUUAUGAUAUUUGCUGGUGUGUGUAUAUUGGCCGGUGUGUCACUUUAUGGUGCAAUGAUGGUUGCAAAUCUCAGCUUUUCAUUCGGGCUCUGUGUCGUAGCAGCAGUAAUGUGCUUUUUGUGCUCCAUUCUCUUGUUUCAAGAUAGAAGAAUAUCUCUUAAACGUCCGAUGUCUACCAGUCAAAUCCAUUACGCCAAUCAAGGACAAAUCAUUUCAAGUCCAAACACACAGGUUGUCAUUGCUUAUUCUAAUCAAAUGCAACCACCUGCUUAUCCGGCGAUGAAUGCGCAUGCCCAGUAUGGGCCUCCACCAGCAUAUAUUGUUGCCCAGCAUCAAAGACAGUUUGUACAGCAUUAAUGCCGUUUACGUGCACACAUGAACAUCAAUGUUAAGCAUCAAAGAGUAAACAAAUAAAAUUCAAACAUUGGUGGAUUGAAAAUUAAUACAGAAAGACUCUUAAACAUUGAUAUUAAUAGAGAGAGAAACAACAUUUAUAGAAUAUUAAGGUGACAACGGAGUCAAUUAUCACAGAAAAUACCUAAAAUGAGAUUUUUUGCUAAGUAGAUUUAUCAACCUUUUCUGAACACAUUCGUGAUUUAAUUUUGGAAGCAGUUAGUCCAAAAAAAUGUGUUUUUAAACGUUUUAAAACGGUACCUGUACCAUUUUUAUCUGCUAUUCGCGUAACUUGUCAAUUAUCGAUAACGCUCCGCCCCCUGUUGAGGCAUCAAUGAGGGAAAUCGGUAGUUCCAUAUAUCCGUGAAUUACCGGUCCAUACUGGUCCAUACUACUCGUAUUUCAUUAUCGUACAUAUACCGUACAUCUUUUAUGAAUAUCGUUUACCUUUUAUUUGGCAUAUUUUAUAAAAUAAGAAAUUGUCGGCCAAUGUACGUAACAUAAUGUAUGAAACAUAAAUAAUAAAGCAUAGCGGCAAAUCGCACGACCACGGGGUUAAAAAUAUAAUUGUAAAAUAUCCAUAAUGUGUGAAAAUAAUUUGUCUGUCCCGCUAAUCUGAUUGAUAUUACAUUGAGUUUAUGGACUUUUGUACGGAUUCAACGGCUUGCUUUACAUUCAACCUCGCUUUCUAACAAUGUCAAGUCAAACAACAACAAAAACAGACAACAUUUUUUAUGUGAACGCCUAGAUGACUUGUGGUAAGGUGUCCCUGACAAAUUUCUAAACCAUUUUAGAUUGUUUAAGGAUGAUUAUUUCUCCUAUGAAUCAAUAAAAAAAGAUAUUAAUAUAUAUUAUCAGUGAAUGCUUUGAAUAAAUUGUUCGCCAGUAAAUCGAACACAGUACUAAUAAACCUGGGACAAAGUAUGGAAUUUAUUGUAUAUCCCAGUAGAAACUGGAUCUCUAUGCCGUGCAUAGAUGAUUUUCAUGAUAAUAGAAGUCAAGAAGGUCAGAUCAUAAUGAUCGAGUGAUACCUUUUAUUUCUAUUAAAAUAUGUGAAGCAUUUAUAUCAAUUUGGAGGGAAAAUAUAUAAUAUCCCGUUCUUAUUUGUACAUCUACCAUGGCCUUUAAAAUACCGUCAGAAGCUCAGUUUUUUGUUAUUUUAAUUUAUAUUUUAACGGAAUUUCAUACACGAAUACACAGACAGAGUGACACUGGUAUAAUAUAAUAAUAAUGCUGAUGAUAAUAAUAAUAAACUUCAAAAGUGAAACAAUUAAAUACCCCGCUAGCGGUGCGCAAAUACGUUCCAUUUCCCCCCACCGAGUGCCUCAAAUUUUACCGAAAGUCAGGUGACAUGUGCGACCGAUACCAGACGGACAGUAAAUCACGUUAAGAUUUGAAGAAAUUUCUGUUAUAAACUGAUAUUAAUCAGCAACUUUUUAAUUGGUCAGAUGUCACUGGGUCAUAAAAUGUUGUUAGAGUAUGUUACCGCAACCUGUGACCCUCUCUGGUGCGACAUUUAUGUAUUAUGCAAUUAUUUAGCGUGAAACGUAGGGGUCCGAGAGAGAACAGCCGAUUUAUGACACUUCGUUUGAUGCGGGUCGGACUAACUUUGAAUCGGCAUAACUUUUUUAAUAAUCAAGCAAUUAACAUGCAGUUUAAAGCACAUGAAAGGGAAUUCAUUUACGGAGGGAACCGUGUCAGGGAUUUUUGUUUGCUCAAUCAGCGACUUAAUUAUCUUUAAUUACGUGAUAUGUAUGGUGAAAAAAGUCGCAUAAAAUGUUUGACGUUACGUAAUAUUUUUUUGAGAAAAGAUAGAAAAAAAAUUGAGACACGGUUCCCCAGAUAUUAUCAGUAUGUUUAUUUUAAAAAGUUUGAUAACAAAAAAAAAUAAAAAAUGACUUUGAUAUGACGAUUUAAAAUUUUAGGAUUUUUAUUAAAAAUCAAUCCUUUACAAAAGAAUUUUUUUCAAAUAUGUUAUUUUUUAUGAUGAUCAGCGACAUUUAAUGCACAAAGAUUAAAUAAAUAACAAUUAUUACUAAAAUAAGUUGGUUUAAAUGACAUUUAUGUGAGUACCACGGAAAGUGUCUGUUGUCACCUUAAACAUUCGUCAUUCACAGAGAUUGAUAACUUGCAUAUCACUAGAAUUUUUGUGAUUAAAUUAAUGUUUAUACAAUUCACAUUCUUCAGUUAGUCGGCUGUAAGAGAAGGAUAUUUUAAACAUUAUUAUUUACUUAUGUUCUGUUAAAAUAUGUUAUAUGUUAAAAAUAUUAUAUUAUACAUGUGUAUAUCAUAUUGUAUGAUAUUAUUUCGUUAGUUUUCUCAUCCAACCAGUAUUGGUGUUAUAUGAAAAAACAUGGUCGUAACCCAAGCCUAUGGUGGCUGAUUGGGCUUGUAUGGUGGCUGAAUUGGUACGCUUUUGUGCGUCGCGUUGGCGCUAUCGACAAAGCGCCAAACGGCGCGCUGUCGUCUUGUCGUCUUGUCUCUAGUGCGACACGCCAAACGGCGCGUUGUCGUGCGGCGUGUUGUCCCGAUGUCACAUUGUCGCCCGGUUCUAAUUGAAGUAUUGGCUUUUUAGCCAAGCGAAAGGGCGACAACGCACUGCACGACAACGCGCCGUUUGGCGUGCCGCGCUACAGACAAGGCAACAACGCGCCGUUUGGUGUUGUCGCUAGCGACAGGACGACAAGACGAAAGUCCGACAACGCUCCGUUUGGCGCUUUGUCGUGUUGUCGCUAAUUUGUUCAUCAAUAAAAUAUAUAUUUAAAAGAAAGAAUGUUUGUCACUAUUUUGUGUUAUUUUUAGUUGAUACCUCAUGAAAGUUAUAUAUUAUAUGUAGACUAUUUCCACUUGUAUUACUAAUAACGUGGUACUUUGCUCGCCAGACAAUCGUUAAUUCAUACCAAAGUGACACAUGUCAAACACUCUUUACGGAAGAAAUAGUUAUUGUUUGUAAAUAUAUAGUAACACGUUGUUCAUUUACCGUCUAAUAGUUCUUCUUAUUAAUGAUAUGUAUAUCUUUAUUUUAAUUAUUACAUC